GGCCGUUAUUGAAGAUGCAUUCGUUGUCGGGAGGGGGGCAUGUGGAGCCAAGUUUUAGUUCACUUGGGUUAGUCGUCAAACUAAAGUUGGGCAUUUUUUUUGCAAGCAUGAUCUCCGUGUCCUGCUUUUUGGCGCUCGGGUUGCUGUCGUCUACUGCUACGGGCAGUGGUCUCCCACCGGCUGGGAUACCCGGGAGUAUCCAGCGGAACCUGGUGGAACCACGGAGGUCCGAGCCGUUGAAACGCAGUACGGGAGUGAAUGAACAGACGUGUACCGCUCCACCCGGAGCAGAAUCGAACCUGCGGAGCAACACUCACAGUUUCACUUUCACACUCGGUUCUGUGAGUCCACUCUGGCUGUCCUGGGUUGGAGAAGGAUCAGGGGUGCUGCUGGUUCUGACCACAUUUCAGGUGCCAUUGUUUAUGAUGCGUUUCGGCCAGUCAAACCUCUACAGAAGUGAAGACUAUGGCAAAACCUUCAAGGAUGUGAGUCACCUCAUCAACCACACCUUCGUCCAUUCAGAGUUUGGCAUCGCCAGCAGUCCGGACAACUCUGGGAAGGUUAUCCUGGUCGGUGAAGUGUCAGAGAUUGGUGGCGCUCGACUGUUUCGCUCACAGGACUUUGGCCUCACGUUUGUUCCAACUGAUCUGCCGUUUGAGCCCCUCUUCCAGAUACAGUACAACCCUGGAGACUGUAACACCCUCCUGUCACUCAGCAUCACGUCGGACCUGUGGCUAUCUGAGGACUUUGGCGCCACUUGGAGGAAGAUCCAUGACAGUGCGUGUAUGGUCAGAUGGGGUCCAAAGAACAGCAUCUAUAUUACAACAAACUACAAUGGAUCAUGCAAUGACAAAGGAAUGUUGGCGCUGAGAAAGACGACCGACUACGGUCAAACUUUUAAGACCAUUGCAACAAGGGUUUAUUCCUUUAUACUGGGAGGGAAAUUUCUUAUUGCUUCCAUCAUGACUGGAAAGGGAACACAGCGGGUUAUCCACGUGUCAGUGGAUGGAGGUGAAGUGUGGAACAUGGCUCAGCUUCCCAUCAUUGACCCAGAGCAGUUCUACUCAGUCCUGGAAGCCGACCAGGACUUGAUCUUCAUUCACGUGGACGACCCUGGAGACUCUGGUGUUGGAACCAUCUAUGUUUCCGACGACAGAGGAAUUGUAUUUUCAAAGUCUCUGGAGCGAAACAUCUACACAACCACGGGAGGUGACACUGACUUCACCACCGUGAAAUCACUGAGAGGUGUCUACAUGACUACUGUACUCACAGAGGAUGGAACAAUGGAGACCAUGAUCACCUUCGACCAAGGAGGAAGGUGGCAGACGCUGCACGGACCAAAGAACAGCCAUUGUGACUCUGGGACCUCCACUAACAGGCCAAUUACAUGCAGACUUCACAUCCACGCCUCCUAUAGCACCACCUUAAAGAUGAACGUCCCCAGUCUGCCUUACUCUCAGCCCAACGCUGUGGGCCUCAUUCUGGCUCAUGGCAGUGUUGGAGAUGGAGAGUCAGCUUUGUCCCCUAAUGUUUAUGUGUCUGAUGAUGGUGGAUACUCUUGGUUCUUGGCCCUCACUGGCCCCCAUCACUAUGAAAUCCUUGACUCUGGGGCCCUGCUGUUGGCCGUGGAACACACCAACUCACCGGUCAACCAGAUUAAGUUCUCAACAAAUGAGGGCCAGUGCUGGAAUAUUUACAACUUCACCAACGACCCGUUGUAUUUUGGUGCAAUUGUCAGUGAGCCUGGCUUUCGCUCCAUGAACGUCAGCCUGUGGGGUUACAGGAACAGGAAGAAAAUAGUCAUCACCAUAGACUUCAGGAUGCUGCUAACAAGAGACUGCACUGAAAAGGACUAUGUGCAGUGGAUGGCUCACUCUACAGACCCCAAUGGAUUACAGGAUGGUUGUGUGCUUGGCUAUAAAGAAACCUUUCUGCGCCUAAGGAAAGACUCCGUCUGUUGGAAUGGCAGGGACUAUGCUGUCGCAAAGAAGCUGGCUCCUUGUACAUGCACAAUGGAUGAUUACCACUGUGACUUUGGAUAUUACAGACGAGAGAACAGCUCUGAGUGUGUGGAGCAGGAGGAGAUGAUUGGCCGUCCUCUUGAGUUCUGUUUAAAUGGGACUGCAGAACAGCUGCAGACGAGUGGGUACCGGAAGAUUCCAGGUGAUCAGUGUGAGGGAGGUUUCCAGCCAACUAGGAAGGAAAUUGAACUCAAGAGAAUAUGCACCAGCAACCUGCUUCAUCAAAAUUCUCCGAGUGAAACCAGCUCACCAAAUGCUGCCAUCAUAGUGAUGAUUGUCAUAGUGAUUCUUCUGAUGAGCGGGGUCGCAGGAGUUUGGCUGGUCAAGAAGUACGUCUGCGGAGGACGGUUCCUUGUGCAUCGGUACUCUGUGAUGAGGGAACACAUCGAAGCCAAUAAGAUCGAAGAAGUAGAUGAUGUUGACACUCAAAACGUGGAGACGGGGAAAGCACAGUACAACGAGGACUCAGAUCAGGUAGACCUCUUAGAAUGAGUGCCAUCAAGACAUAAUUUAACACAGUCUUACACGAUGCCUGGGUGUUUCCGUUGGUCCCACAUGCUGAUUAACAUCUGCUUCUCACUUCCCUCCAUCCCCUGGUGGCUGGAGGACUCAGCAGCAGCGGGACAACGUCUUACCCAGCUUCCUUGUUCAAGUUAUAACUUCGGGAGGGGGAUUAAACCCAAAAAAAGGCGUCUGGUUUCCUGCAGAGCUUUUCUCGUCGUUUCUGAGUUGUGUAACGGCUGUUGCAUCUGAAUAUGUGGUCUGUCGUGUCGCUCUGUGUGUGUUUUCAUUCGGCAUUGACUGGAGUAAAUAUGGACUCCUGUUCCAUGAUUUAGAAGUAGAAUACAGGCGUUACAGAAGUAAGAAGCAGUUUCGGCUUACAGUAUUUUUUGUAGUAUUAAAAUAGAGAGAAGCCGUAAACGAUGACACGAUAAUAUACUCAUGAUGUUUGUGUCAGAAAACAAUAACAGUCGUUUUACUCAGCAACUGUAAAGAGCCGGACUCAAUGCUGUUCUCUCUGUCUGUGUACUAUUCACGUCUUUCUUUACUGAUUUGUUCUUAAAGCAUUCACUGUAAGCUGUGGUUUCAUCUGUAUUGCUGAGGGUUUUUGAUACUGAAUCCAGACAAAACUUUUCAUUUAAAGACUUGUAAAUGAAAUAGUAAAGUAUAAAAUAUUACUUAAACUUCACUUUAAGUUGCUAUUUAGGGUAGGUAACGUAUGUGAUACAAAUCUCAAUUAUGUUCCUUAUGAUUUGUGUCAUUGCAGUAUUUGUUGUUUGACUGUUUCAGGCUGAGAUUAGCCUUUUAUGUAGAUUGUAGCAUAAAGACAGCCAAUAUUUUCAAAUUCCAUUCCAGGUGUAAUGAAAGACUUGAAUUACUGCCAAAGCACUUUUAUUGUUAUAUUAGUCGGUUAAAAUAACCGUAGCAUAUUCAUAUGAUUAUUAAAACUACAAUACAAUCUUUACUUGAACAUUCUAAAAAAUAUUUAGACACCUGAGUGAGUAUACCAGUCCUCAUUUCUGUUUCUGUUACUAGUCAGUCUAGUAUGUUGUUGUCUUAUAUUGUAGCAACAUAUGCAAAAUGCAUGUGGCUAGUGAUUUAAACAUAGUUUACUGUACAGCAGUGGCUUUUUAAAAUUUCUACAAUGUCACUUAAAUUCAGUAACAAAUCAGGUUGAUAAGAGAUGUUUCUUUUAGUAUUGACCAGAGUUGUAGACUUUUUUUUGUAUAUUGACUCAUUCAGAAUUAAAACAAAUCUUAACAUGCUUGAAAAUGUUCUUAAAACACUAAUUGAAUGUGUUUUAUACAAUAGUUACGCUGUUUAUAAAACUGGAUUUUAGCAUUUUCAUAUUCCGCUGCUUUACUUUAGAUGAGUUGAUUGUAGUUCUUUGUUUUUUCACCCAUUUUUCUCUAUUCAAUUAUACAUCUAUUUUUGUAAGUAUUGUAACUUCUGACAAAGGCAGGUCUUAUGAUAUAUUUUCUUUCUCCAGUAGAGGCAAUAAUAUCCCAGUGAAUAAGCUAUUUUGAUAAGAAAGACUGAUUUAAAGGUUUUUCUCUAGGGCAGAUGGAGGGACCUGGUUACAAACGUAACUGAAUAUAUGUGAUUUAUGCUUUUGUCUUCACACAGCUGUCAUUAUAGAUCAGUCCAGGCUAUUUCAGAAUUUAUUUGGAUGUAUUAUUUACAUGUUUUGUUUUUGCACUGUUUCUACAGAUCUGUGAAAAUAUUGCUUCUGUGCCUCUUUGGUUAUCUAUUUUUAUGUAUAUUGACAUAAUUUUCCAUGUGUUAUUUGUGAUCAUCCUUUUCUCAUUUUUCACGCUAAAUAAGACAUUAUUUUUUUCUGUAGCAAGAUUUAUUUUUAUGUUUAUGCAAUUAUUAAAUGAAGUCUCUUUCUCAAUACUCUCUGGUGUCUGUC